ACCAGCGCGGCGCCUACUUCCGGGUUAUCUCGCAGUCCGAGAGCAGGCAACCCACUGAAACUAUAUUGACAAAUAUAAAAUCUGAGUACAAAAUACGGUGAAUGAGGUGAAUAGAACUCAUUCAAACUUUCUUUAAACAGGUCUGUUCCUCUGAACCACAAGAUUUACACAAGAGAAGAGUGCAGACAUGAGUAACACAGAUCCAUGCAGAAUAAAAUAUGAAGAUACUGCAGAACAAAGAGAUGUAAUGGAAGACAUAUCAACAUCAGAAAUAUCUUCUGGUAGCUUGCCUGCAAAAAAUACUUUAUUAAAAAAGGAACCUACUGAUAAGAUGAGGAUUCACACUGGAGAAAAACCAUACGCCUGUCCUCACUGUGGAAAGAGUUUCACAACCAAAGGUUAUCUGACUGUCCACGUGAGACUUCACUCCGGAGAAAAACCAUACACAUGUCCUCAGUGUGAAAAGGGUUUCACACACAAACACAGUCUUAAAAAUCACAUGAUAUCUCACUCUGGACAAUUGCCAUACACAUGUCCUCAGUGUGAAAAGGGUUUCCCAAGCAAAGGAAGACUUACUUUACACAUUGAAAUGCACAUUGGAGAACGUCUGUACGUUUGUCCUCAGUGUGAAAAGAGUUUCAGACGAAAAAUUCAUCUUAAGGAACACAUAAGAAUUCACACCAAAGAGCUUCCAUACACCUGUCCUCAGUGUGGAAAGAGUUUAGCAGGAGGACUUAAAUCUCACAUGAGAAUUCACACUGGAGAAAAAUCAUACGCCUGUCUUCAGUGUGAAAAGAGCUUCACGAGAAAAGAUUAUCUUGAAUACCACAUGAGAACUCAUACUGCAGAACGGCCGUACGCAUGUCCUCAGUGUGGAAAGAGUUUCACAACCAAAAGUAAUCUUAAUGUCCACAUGAGAAUUCACAAUGGAGUAAAACCGCACAAAUGUCCGCAUUGUGAAACAAGUUUUACAAGAAAAGUUCAUCUUGACUACCACAUGACAACUCAUACUGGAGAGCGGCCGUACGCAUGUCCUCAGUGUGGAAAGAGUUUCACGAUCAAACAUUCUCUUAAUGUCCACAUGAGAAUUCACACUGGAGAAAACCCAUACGCCUGUCCUCAGUGUGGAAAGAGUUUCUCAAGAAAAGAUUCUCUUGAAAACCACAUGACGACUCAUACUGGAGAGCGGCCGUUCAUAUGUUCUCAGUGUGGAAAGAGUUUCACAAGAAAAAACAAUCUUGAACAUCACAUUAAAUCUCAUACUGGAGAGCGCCCAUACGCAUGUCCUCAGUGUGGAGAGAAUUGCAAGACCAAAAAAUCUCUUAAUGUCCACAUGAGAAUUCACACUGAGAAGCGCUCAUAAGCAAGUCUAAAUCAGUCUCAAGGAAAUUUGGAAUCGACUCAUUUGUGUCAAGGACACGUAUUUCCACAUUUGUUUGUGUCACCAGCACGCAUUUCAAUACACAGACCGCUUGUGUAUGUACGUUUAUAUAACCUGAUAUCAAAAGAAGUCAUAAAUAGUCAUCAUUGGAGAUGGGUUUCUCACCACAGCAUGGCAAUGUUGGCUUGCUCACUUGGAGAUUGCAUUUGUUUAUUUAUUAGAUAUUUUUUAUUGGAAUGAUCUUGCUUGUUCUAUAAACACCAUACACUGUCCUGUGUUUUACCUUCUGUGCUUUUCAGUUUUUCUUAUUUGCUCCUGUAAAGCUGCUUUAGAACAAUGCACAUUAUGAAAAGCGCUAUAUAAAUAAAUUGAAUUGAAUAUUUAAGAUUGAAAGUUGUGCUGCUGGCACGAAAAAUGGGGAAAUUCGUGUUGAGAUUACUGUGACACAUUCUUAAUCUUGUGAUUAAAGUAAAUUCCUCAUAAAUAUUUUAGUACAUUUUAUGUAAUAUUUUUGACAAUAAAAGCAUUAUGAGACAUAAACACCAGGGUGAGUUUACGACAAAAUAUUUUUUAAUAAAUUACAAAUUUUCAGUGCCUUUUGAGUCAAAGAAAAUCUAAUUGAAUACACAUUUCUUUUUUAAAGAAAAUAAACCAGGAAAAUUUGUGUAUAUGAAAUUUUGGUAACAGAAGGAUCAGAUUUAUUUUAUACAUAUUUAUAUUAGAUUACACUUUGUUACUUUGAGUCUUUAAUGAUUGAUGAUUGGUUCUUCUCUACUGAAGGCGGGACUUUUCUGCUAGAUUGUCCCUGCUGAGAUGUUACUUGUGCAUAAUGGCAACACUUUUAUUUAUGGCACUUUAUUUAUAGUUUGCAAUGCUUUCAGACCUCGAGCACAAGACCUCUUAAACUGACAGGAGUUCUCACUUAUUUGCAAGGUCUAACCUGCAUUUACAAACGGAUGAGAACAAUUAACAUGUGUUGGAAUACGCCCUACUUUUUCUGGGCAUACUCUCAAGUCACUAAUGGGUUUUUUGGGGUUGACAUUGCCUCACUCUUGAGUAUUCAGGUUUUAUUGGAGUUCAACAGGCAUUAUAAUGGAACAACCACAACACAUAUAGAAAUGCUUAGUAAAAGCAAAUUUGGAGUGGUCUUUGUAGCUGUAUAACCGUCAAAAUUAAACAUCUGUUUUUGUGAAUUUUUUCAUUUGUGUCAUCCUGUCGUUGUGUAAAUAGGCUGGAUUUACAUGCAUUGUAACAAUAGAUACAUAGAUAUAGUUAUAUACAGAUAUAGAACGCUGAUUGUACAUAUUUAAUGAACAUGUAGCUCUACCUCGAAAGAUCGUCUUUUAUGGUAAAAAACAAGCGAGAAGCUUUAUAUGUCAUCUGUUGGCAUGUUUUGUCUGUUGGUGUGUCCUCAUAAACCACAUUUACAAGCAGUCACAUACACACUGUGUUGCCACUUCAUCUUCAGUCUGUUUACUUUUCCUAUUGGGAGUCUCUUUUACUCAUUCUUCUCCAUCAGAUAUAACAAUCAUCUUGACAUAUAUUACC